AGACAUCUGCUAGUGUGGUUUGGGAGAUUCUUAUAUUUGAAUUCUUCAGCACUGACGAACAAAGAUUGGAGUUGAUCCGAGGGACUCCAUUGACUGAAUUCGAGAUGAUUCCAGGUAGGACUGCCAUCGCCGCUACGCUGGAUGAAGCCCUAGCGUCCUGCUCCAAGGAGUUGGUUGAAGAAGGUGAGUACAUCUAUUCGGAGGAAUCAAUCGAGAAACUCGUGUAUUUCCUCAAUUCUCUGUCGCAGUCACUGAUCACGGAGGAGGAUAAUGGAAACGAGGAUUCUGAAGAAGUUGCCAUUGAAAUUCUUGGCCAAAUUCGGCUGUACUUAUCCUCCCCACGGCUUAAAAUGGAGGUUAUUGAUGCAUUAGCGUUUGAGUUGCCUAAGGCAGUGGCGAGGUUUUCUUGUGUAUCAGCUAAGUGUUUGGAAGCUGCUGAAGAUAUAGUCGAUAGGUUUGUACAGAGCGUUAGUCCGCGGGAUAUGCUUUCAGUUCUCUGUGAGGCAAUCAGCUCUCCAAGGGAGCCAUUUGUUGUUCCUGGCUAUUAUAUCCCUCUUCUUAGUGGCCUGGCUAAAGUUCUGUCUUUAAUCCAGAGGCGGCACUACGAGCAAGUGAAAACUGCAGUUCCUGUAAUUCUUAAUGUUUUAAAGAUCAUGUGUUCUAAGUCAGAAGAUGGAGAUACCGAUUGUGAGAAGUUGUUUCUUGAAGCAGCUCGCAUUUCCCACUCAAUACGAGGAAUCUGUUUAAAGUUGGAAGGGGAGAAUAACAAGAAUCUUCGGGGUUUAUUAGGACUAUAUGUCUUGCAAGUCAUGUAUUUUGUUUCAGUUGGAAUUACAAGUGACAUAUCAAGGAGUCUUCCGGUGGUGCUGGAAUUGUCCGACUUGCUUCACUAUUGUGAAUCAUCUUAUGUUGGAUUGAUAACUGGCAGGGAAGUUAGCCUGAUGUCUGCGCUAGUUCUUGAUGAGAGUGAAGAUGGUACGAAUUGCUUUUCUCAAGUCAAGCUCGGAGCGGUACUUUCAGUCAUUUGGGGGUACAAGAAUAGUGAAGUUGCCGAGGCUGCCAAAGCUGAUGUGAAUGCUGUCGUGAUGGAAAUUCAAGGUAACUGGACUAGAAGAUGGGAUGUAUUAGAUAUGUUGAACCACCUGUUUUCAUGUGUCAAUCUUCCAUGGGAAUUCAAGCGGCACGGCACCGAAUUUCUACUGCACCUGAUGGAUGGCAUUGAAAAACAAUCAUAUGAUGAGUCCGCAGACUACUCACUGUAUACGCCAACUAUGUUUUCCAGUUUGCAGGCUAUACGAACGGUCAUCAUGUAUGCUCCAGAUUCUCUGUUAAGGAAGAGUGCAUUUAGUGCAUUCAGAAAGGUGCUCGAAGACAUCCCAACUUCUUGGCGAUUUGAUGUCCUAAAAGCAUUGAUAAACAACACCGACUCCUCUUCAAUGAUUGCAUUACUUUUAGGUUGCGUCAAAGACGAACUGUUGAAGGGACUAACCAAAAGAACAUCAGCCGAGGGAGAUGUCGUCGAAAACAGUGAAAUAAAUCAAUACACAUCAUUUUGGAAUCCAUCUGUGCUCGAACUGGUUGAAGUCAUCCUUAGGCCUCCAAAGGGUGGGCCUCCAUCUCUUCCCGACUGCAGCGAUUCAGUUCUAUCGGCCCUUAAUCUCUACAGAUACAUUCUUAUUACAGAAUCAACAGGAAAUUCCAACUCUACCGGGAUCUUGUCUGAGGACAAAUUGCGCAAGGCUCACUCCGAAUGGCUUCUACCACUGCGAACAUUAGUCACCGGAAUCAUGGCUGAAAACCUUAAAGAUUGCGACCAACUGGCAUCCGAUACCAUCUGCGCCUUGAACCCUGUGGAGCUGGUUUUGUAUCGCUGCAUCGAUCUCGUCGAAGAGAAACUCGAAUGCUAGUAACAACACCAAGAGUUUCAUGAUCUUAACUAGACUUUAAAUGUAAUGUGUUGUCCUCAAUAGUCCCUAUAUAUACACUCAGUAUGCUGAGUUUUUUUUUUUUUUUUUUUUUUUUUUUUUUUUUUUUUUUACAGUAAAAGAUUUAAGUUGCAAGACGAUCUUCAACUCGUGUCUUUAAGACGAAUUUUUACUAUUUUAUUUUAUCAUUUGUUUUUGAAAAAUAGCCAAGUAUCCGGAUAGAAUGACAGUUGUUCAUUGUGUAAUAUCUUAGUUGAAAAAUUUUCAAGUUAUAUGUCAAUAAUGUACUUUUGCA